AUGGCCUUUUUGUUUAAAUCGAAAAAAGCCCAACAGGGCACCGCGCUUCCUCCGGCGACGAGAAAUGUUCACACCUCCGAGGGUUCUCCUUCAUCCGCGACGCCGCCCCUGUCCAACGGACCCAAGGUCGAAGGAAAUGCUUUUGCGCAGACCCCGACUCCCAGCAGCAGUUACAACAACUCUCUCAACUCCGCCACCAGUCCGACUAGCCCGGAUCCCGUGAGAGUGCGACAACGUGCCGAGUCGGAAUCUCAGGUCCAACGACCGCCGCAGGGCCCCAAUGGUGUGCCUCCGCACAGUCCGAACUCGUCCCUCUACCCAUGGUCGCAACGUCGUCUCAAUUUCUCCACACCUCAAACGAACCCCUUCCCCCGCUAUGGCGCCGCCAUCAAUUCAGUCGCUUCGAAGGAGGGCGACAUUUACAUGAUGGGAGGCUUGAUCGAUGGCUCGACCGUCAAGGGUGACCUGUGGAUGGUCGAAAGCAGCGGUGGUAUUGGUCAUGCCAGCUUACUUGUCGGAAAUGCGUUCAUCGUCUUUGGUGGUGAUACCAAAAUCAACGAAACCGACGCCCUGGACGAUACUCUAUAUCUUCUAAAUACAUCUUCUCGCCAAUGGUCUCGGGCCAUCCCUCCCGGUACCCGUCCUUCCGGUCGCUAUGGGCACACAUUGAACAUUCUUGGCUCCAAGCUUUACGUCUUCGGUGGACAGGUUGAGGGUUUCUUCUUCAACGAUUUGAUUGCAUUCGACUUGAAUCAGCUCCAAAACCCCGCAAACAAAUGGGAAGUCCUUGUUGCCAACAGCCAUGAGGGGGGUCCUCCAGAAGGCCAAAUACCUCCCGCUCGAACCAAUCACUCGCUCGUCAGCUAUAACGACAAACUAUACUUAUUUGGUGGAACGAACGGCGUGAAGUGGUUCAACGAUGUCUGGACUUUUGAUCCCCGAGCUGGUGCCUGGACUGAAAUGGACUGCGUGGGUUUCAUCCCGACUCCUCGAGAGGGCCAUGCGUCAGCCUUGGUCAAUGAUGUGAUGUAUGUAUUUGGUGGUCGUACUGAUGAGGGAGUUGAUCUUGGAGAUUUGUCCGCCUUCCGAAUUUCUACACGCCGCUGGUACUCUUUCCAGAACAUGGGACCCGCUCCGUCCCCACGGUCCGGCCAUAGCAUGACUGCCUUUGGUAAACAGAUCAUUGUGAUGGCUGGUGAACCUAGCUCGGCUCCCAGAGAUGCCGCGGAGCUCAGCAUGGCGUAUAUUCUCGAUACCUCAAAGAUUCGAUACCCCAACGACUCUCAAUCAGCCGAUCGAGGUGCAGUAUCCGGUGUCAGAAAAGCCAGCAUGGAGAAACAAGGCAUGGAGAAACAAGGCACUCCAUCGGGUCGGACAUCUCGCGAGGCUCACAAUGCGACACCCGAUCAAGGGGCCCGUCGUGGGCCGACUCCCUCACGCGAAAGUCUAGUGCACGCCCUCUGGUCCCCCACCCCCGGACAAGCCCCUUCUCCAGGGCCUCGUCCCAACGGACCCCAGUCUGGACCUCGGAGCAAGACUCCCACCAAGAAUGAACGCGGCUACACGCCAACCGUCGAUAUUCGAGUUGCAAAUGCUGAUAGAGGUGCCGAAUCACCCGUCGCAAAGGAUAACCAGGAUAGCUCCGCCUCGUCCGGCCAACGCACCCCAACUCAGCAACAACAAAAGAUCAAUGCCAAGGCUAUGGAGGCAGGCGAAGCGGCCCCUCUAAUCGCCCCGGCGCAGGCCUUAAUAAAAGAACUCGAGGCCGCCAAGGCUCGAAAUGCCUGGUAUGCUUCUGAGCUAGCACUGGCGAGAAAGGGUGGAUAUGUACCCAAUGCUUCAAGCAGUCCCGCCCUCGAUGAUCGUGCCAGAGAUUCACUAAAUGACGAGGACCGUCCUUUGGUCGAGGCUUUCCUGGCAAUGCGGGCAGAGUUGAGCAAAAUGCAGACGACAGUGGACCGCCAAGCAGCCAUCGCUUCCAAGCGCAUUGCCGAAGUUGAGCAUCAACGUGAUGUGGCUGUGAACGAGGCAGCUUAUUCCCGCGCCAGACUUGCUGCUCAUGGCGGCAGUCAACGUGGAACGCCCCAGCCUGAAGCUCCUCGCGAGGGAGAAGAUGAGCGACCUACUGACAUGGGUCGUCGCCUUGCACUGGCUCUAGCAUCCCAGUCUGAGCUCAGGGCCAAAUUGGAUAUUUUGGCAACAGAUCUGUCGCAAGAGAGACAAGCGAAAGAGCUGGCAGAAGAUACCAACGAGGCCACUCGGAAGCGUCUGGCAGAGCUCGAAAUGUCAAAUAAUGCCCUGGAGGCGGAGAAUCUUCGUGCUGAGCUCCACCGUGCCGAAGCCACUGCUCGGGAAGAGUCUUUGCUCCGUUCUGAAGCGGAAGCUUCCCUGCGACAGAUCACCCUGGAUAAGGAGGAGCUUUUGACGCAGGUUGAGGACCACUCGGGCCGUUUGAAGGACUUUGGAAGUAAUUUUGGUGGCCUUCGAGAAGCAGUCGCCGCAUCUGCCGCCAAAGCAGCAAUUGUUGAGAAGCAGUUGAGCGAGGAAAGAGAACGCCGCGAGGGCUUGGAGAAGAAACUUCUGCAACUUCGAUCUGAGUAUGAGGAGCGAACCACCGAGCUUGAAAAUGUCAAUUGCCGUCUUCGUGAUGCCGAGGAGUUGGCUGAGAGUCACGCUAAGGAAGCAGAAACCCACAAGCUGGCGUUUGUGUCAGGCCUCGAGCGUGCUUCCUCGACAGAUCUGGAAGCUUCCAUCCGAUCCCGGGCUGACCAGAGGGUUGCCGCCCUUGAGGCUCAGAUUGAACGGUCUUCGACCCUUGCGAAGGCUAAUCAGGCUGCUGCCGAUUCCGCUGCCGACAAAUUACGUCGCGCUGAGGAGCGGAUUGCCGGACUCGAGGCUUAUCAAGAACAGGCCAGCCGAGAAGGCUUGCAACUUCGCCGACAGCUUCAAAGUGCUAUGAAGGAGAGCCAAGCAGCAACUGCAGAAAGUCGGGAUUUGAAGACUCAGCUGGAAUCUCAACAACGGGAAACUGGUGCCCUGAACGUUCAACAUGCGGCUCUGAAGGAUCUGCUUGGCGAGCGUGGCAUCAAUCCUGAUAGCCGUCGGUCUCCCCGUCUCGAGUCCCCUGGAUCCCGCUUUGGAACUCCAGAGCAGAGCAGGUUACGGGAGCUUGAGCAACAGCUAUCUAAUAGCAUGAAGGCUCACGACGACAUGAAGUCCGGCUUUGAGACUCGAGAGCAGGAAGCGGACAAAGCGUUCCGAGAGAAGUUAGAGCAGCUUGAGAAUGAUUACCAGUCCGCAGUGCACUAUGUGAAGGGCACCGAGAAGAUGCUCAAACGCAUGAAGGAUGAAUUGAGUCGGUAUAAGACACAGAAUGCCAAGAUGCAGUCUGAAUUGGAAGCUACUCAGAAGAACGUGGAGGAUGCUGGCAACCAGUCAGAGAUGUCUGCUGAAUGGGAGGUCGAACGCUCCCGCCUACAGAAGUCCAUCGCAGACCUUGAGCACAACACUUCUUCUUCUCUUGGAAGCCUGGAGGAGCAAAUAUCCGAGCUCAAGGCGCAGCUUGUGGCCGCUGAGACCGAGAAGGCGACUGCACAGAAUGAGCAUCAGCGCAUCAAGGAAGAGAUUCUGUCUACUGCGGAGCGCAGUCGCGCCGAACUGGAUCAGCUGAAGCAAGAAAACACUCAGCUCGAGACCCGCGCCUCGGAUGCGGAAAAGAAGGUGAACAUGUUAUUGGAGCAAGUUGAGACUUCGGUGGGCCACUAUCGCCGUCAAUCACAACAUGGACAGGGUCCUAACGGGAUCUCACGCAGUCAUAGCAACGCAUCUAGCAACACCGUCAGCGGUCGGCCACGAGCCGAUAGCAAUGUCUCCCAGGAGUCCACCUCCUUUCCCGAUAACCGUGGCUCGAUGGCCUUGGAUUCUCUCGCCAACGAGCUAGAGGCCCUCCGCACCCACUGGGAGAGCACCAACCGCAACUAUCGCCUGAGUAGCCAGCUGGACCUGGAGCGGACUCCGACAAAGGAGAACAGCGAGGGGCCUGCUCUAAUGAGCGACAGUCUAGCGGAUUGGAGACGACGACUGGACGAGGAAGAGCGCGUGAGUAAGACCAAGCCGCUGAAUGUCAGCAAUGGUCCCUCUAAUGUGAUCUGA